GCAAAAGCAUUGCAGGUCACUACCGCUUCAUUAUUAGGCCGAACUGAUUUCAAGCUUCAAUUUGGUGUUCAUUGCUCUCUCUCUAACCCGAAGCUAUAUAUUUUGGCUUGACUUCACUCCAAAGCAUCAAUCAGUAAUUCUGCAUUUCUAUCAACGUAUCGAUCUCUCGUGUGCUUUUAGCAAACCCAAAGGCAGUCGAUCGAGCCCAGACUCUAGCAAGAAGGACACACACACACACACACACCUACUGUUUCUAUUGAUGGAUCUCACGAUAAUGGAUUCAUCAGUUUCAGCAAUGGGGACGAUGUGGGAGAAAACUAGGGUUCCUGUGAUCGUUCCAGGGUUGAAGGUGAUGGUGAUGGUUUGCCUCGCCAUGUCCGUGAUGCUGUUUGUGGAGAGAGUGUAUAUGGGAAUAGUAAUAGUGAUGGUCAAGUCGUUCGGACUCUGCAACCCUAAGAAGCGUUACAAGUGGGAGGCACUGAAGCAAGACGACGAUGUUGAGCUUGGCAGCAGCUCGGCUUACCCUAUGGUGCUCGUUCAAAUUCCGAUGUACAAUGAGAUUGAGGUGUACAAGCUGUCAAUAGGAACAGCAUGCGGGCUAUCAUGGCCGGCUGACAGGAUCAUCAUUCAAGUUCUGGAUGACUCCACUGAUCCUCUCAUCAAGGACAUGGUGGAAACGGAGUGCAAGAGAUGGGAGAGCAAAGGCAUCAACAUCAAGUAUGAGAUCAGAGAGAACAGAAGAGGCUACAAAGCAGGAGCCCUCAAGGAAGGCAUGAAGCAUCCCUACGUCCAUCUCUGUGACUACGUCGCCAUCUUUGACGCCGACUUCCAACCUCAACCCGACUUCCUCCUCCGCACCCUUCCCUUCCUCAUCCACAACCCUCAACUUGCUCUCCUCCAAGCUCGCUGGACUUUCGUAAAUGCUGAUGAAUGCUUGAUGACAAGAAUGCAACAGAUGUCACUGGAUUACCAUUUCAAAGUUGAGCAGGAAGUUGGAUCCUCUACCUACGCUUUCUUUGGUUUCAAUGGCACAGCUGGUGUCUGGAGGCUUUCUGCACUCAAUGAGGCAGGAGGAUGGAAGGACAGAACAACCGUCGAAGACAUGGACUUGGCCGUCCGAGCAGGUCUCAAGGGCUGGAAAUUUUUAUACCUCGGUGACCUUCAGGUGAAAAAUGAAUUGCCAAGUACAUUCAAAGCCUACCGUUAUCAACAACACCGAUGGUCUUGUGGGCCAGCUAAUCUCUUCAGGAAAAUGGCCUUGGAAAUCAUAAGAAACAAGAAAGUAUCUAUGUGGAAGAAGUUCUAUGUGAUUUAUAGCUUUUUCUUUGUCAGAAAGAUCAUAGCCCAUGUGGUAACAUUUUUGUUCUACUGUGUUGUUCUGCCUGCAACUGUUCUUGUUCCUGAAGUGGAAGUUCCAAAGUGGGGUGCCGUGUAUAUACCUUCCAUCAUUACUCUGCUUAAUGCUGUGGGAACUCCAAGAUCACUCCACCUAUUGGUAUUCUGGGUCCUCUUUGAAAAUGUCAUGUCAAUGCAUCGGACUAAGGCAACGCUCAUAGGUUUGCUGGAGGCAGGGCGAGCAAAUGAAUGGGUGGUCACUGAGAAAUUGGGAGAUUCUCUUAAAACAAAAUCAGGAGGCAAAGCACCAAGGAAGCCAUAUGCCUCAUUUGGUGAAAGAAUCAAUUUGCUCGAACUUGGCAUUGGGGCCUACCUCUUCAUCUGUGGAUGCUACGACCUAGCCUUUGGGAAGAAUAGGUACUUCAUAUACCUCUUCCUGCAAUCUCUUGCCUUCUUUAUCGCAGGGGUUGGCUACAUUGGUGUCUUUGUUGCCAAUUCUUAG